CUAGGGUGUUAGAACCAGAUACUGAAUAAAGCGUCCCUGGAAGCUCCAUCAGCGGAUUCUGUUUUGAUAUGUUGUGGUUGUUUAGGUAGCAGACCCAGUGCAACUGUUAUACUCAUUUGUAAGGGAAAAUGUCGAUUAUAAUCGCACUUGAUUGAUCUUACCCUUACUGGGACAAGAGAAGAACUUGUAGUUAGAAAGUAACCAUGACAGCAGCUGCUGCUCUACAGAUUGGAGACCAGCUGAUCCUGGAAGAGGACUACGAUGAGAACUAUAUCCCCUCCCAACAAGAGAUCCACGAGUACGCACGAGAGAUUGGCAUUGAUCCCAAUCAGGAGCCGGAGCUCCUAUGGCUGGCCAGGGAGGGCAUUGUUGCCCCACUGCCUCCCGAAUGGAAACCCUGGUGCUGAAGUGACCCCCUCCUCUCCCUCCUCUCGCAGUCAGGACGUGUCGGGGGACGUGUACUACUUCAACUUCUCCUCGGGCCAGUCCACCUGGGACCACCCGUGUGACGAGCAAUACCGCAGCCUGGUAAAACAGGAGCGCGAACGAGCCGGCACCCAGCCCCACGGGCCCCUCACCACCGCCGCUAAGAAGAAGGAGAAGAAGAAAAAAGACAAGAAGGAGCCAAAGAAGAAGGCGAAAGACCAAGAGCUCCUGAAGCCACCAGGACCGUUGAGCUUGGCCCUUGGGCCUCUGCAGGCCCCAUUGGGGAGCCUGGGGAGCCUUGCUCCUCUACGUGGUCUUGAUGGCGCAGCCUUGAGGGGGUCCCUGGGCAGCUCUGGAGGGCUGGAGUCCCUGAAGAGUCCGCUUGGGGGUCCUCUCUCAAGCCUGGGGUCCAGCCUACUGGGAGGGCGACAGGAGGAGCGCGUGUCUUUCUCUCUACCUGGGUUCGAGGAUGAUGAGGGUAACAUCUCAGAGGAUGAGCAGCCGAGUCCUCUUGGCUCGGCCAGACUGUUACAGAACUUGCACCUGGACUUGGAUGCGUUGGGAGGAGGGCUGCAGUAUGAGGACAGCGAGGCCAGUGGAGUGGCCCCACCAGAGGAGAGGACAGAAGCAGAGCUACGGGACCUGGCCCUGUCUGGAGAGCACAGCCCUGAGCCCCCCCCUCAACAGCAGUCCGAGGCCAGCGAGCACAUGGAGGUGGCCUCCUCCUUCACCAAGGACCUCAGGUCUGGUUUUGGCUCCAAGUUGUCAGAGAAAGUCCUGGACCUGAAGGAUCUCUCCCCUGCUGUUAGUCCACUCUUCCAGGAUGAAGAGGGCAAAGUGAAAGUCAGUGCGGCAGAGGAGAAGGAACGGAGGAAGAGGGCAGAAGCUGCAGAGAGGCGUCUUCAAGCUGCAGGCAGGGAGGAUCCAGCAAUGGAGGACAGGCACCCCAGCCAGUCCAGUGAAUCCCAACAAAACACAGGGUCCUCCCAUUCUGAGCCGGAGCCCCGGCCACGGGCCGAGGGGGUCAGCACCAGUGCCAGCCUAGGUGUGCCGGGGGUCCAGGGGGUCAAGCGUCCUGACACCUCCAGAGGCCGCCUAGUUAGGAGCCCCCACACCCACUACAAGGAGGAAGCCCCCAGACAGGGGGAGGACAGCAGAUGGGCCCAGGAGGAGGAGAGGGAGAAGGAGAGGAGGGAGACUGGGAGGGAGAUAGAGGAGGAGAAGGAGCGUGCGCUGCGGGAGAGGCAGGAGAAGGUGCGCCUACUUCAGGAGAAGCUGAGGCGGGAGGAGGAAGAGGAGGAACAGAGGCUGAGGGAGGAGAGCGAAGAGAGGGUCAGGAGCCUGAGGGAGAGGCUCCAGAGUAAGGGGAGGGAAGAGGAGAGCAGGCUGAGUGUGGAGUCUGAAAGCAGGCUACUGGAGCUGAGGGAGAUGGCCCGGAGGGAGAGAGAGAACCAGCAACGCAACGUCAGGGAGGAGGGCGAGGCGAUGCUGAGGCAGCUGCGUGCCACCCUGGAGGCGGAGAGAGAGGCGGAGCGAGAAAGGAUAGAGGCCCAGAGGAGGCGGGACCUAGAGCGACUGAGGGAGGAGUCAGAGGAGGAGCUACAUGCAGAGAAGCGGAGACUGCUUGGGGAGCGGGAGGAGCAACUCGACUCCCUCAAACAGGAGGGGAGAAGCAGUGCCAGUGAGAGGCAGAGGGAGUUGAAGAGCCCUCGUAGCCCAGAGCAACAUCUAGCAGAGUACCAAAAAGAGUUGGGAGACGUGCUCCAGGAAGUGAGGGAGGAAGUGCAGCGUGACCACGGCAGGAAGCUGGAGCAGCUCAAAGACGACCACCGCAGAGAACUCAACUCAAUCAGAGACAAUUAUCUGGACCAGGAGGCUGUCCAAAGGGAGCAGUUGCUGUGUGCCCUGCAGGAGGAGAGAGAUCGCCUGCUGGCCACCCACAGCGCCCAGCUGGAGAGACUCCGUACACAGCUAGACUCCCAGCUCUCCAAGACCCGCCAGACGCACACACGCAAGGAGGCAGGGAUUCAGGAGCUGGGGGACAAGCUGGAGCUGAGAGCUAGAGAACUGAAGACCCAGGAGGCAAUACUGAAGACCCAGGCAGCGAAUUUGAAGAAGAGGCGGCAGCAGCUUGGGGAUGAAGAGGAUGAGAUAGACAGAGGAAUAGAGGCUCUGCCUGGAGUCAUGCAGGAGAGAGAUGGACUGAGAGAGGAUCUGGAGCGGGUGGAAGGACAGAGGGACAGGGCGAGGCAGGAGGCGGAGAGAGCGAGGGAGGAGAGGACCAAAGUGAGAGACGAGUUGGAGACAAUUAGGGAGGAGAGGGACAAAGCGAAGGAGGAGAGCAGGAGGAUGAAGGAGGAGCGGGACCGGCUAGAGAGCAAGGUGGAGCUGCUGCAGGAGCGCUGUGAUCGGCUGUGCCGCAGAGUCAGUGAUUUGGAGCAGAGUGAGAUCAAGAGGCCUACUACUAGACUGGACAGAACAGAGGAGGAGGCGGCGAGGAAGGAGGAGAAGGAUAGCGAGGCACCGCCCUCUACUGCUGGACGGGAGAAAGUGCUGCAUGUGGAAGAUCUGAAAGAACCUCCUGUCUUGGAUGACUUGCGUCAGUAUAUCUCCUCUGAAGGGCUGUCCCUGCAGAAAGCCCGGCGCUUCCUGGAGAGGGAGAGUGGUCGUCUGAGUGAGAGACAGGCAGCACUGCAGGCAGCUCAGGCCCAGUCCAGCUCCUCUCAGUACCCCAACACCACCAGCCACGCCCAGGCCACACAGGAGAUGUACAGGAACCUGCAGCAGGUGCGUGAGGCCAGUGACGUGGAGGAGUUGAGGGUGACUGUGAAGAGGGGGAACUCGCUGCUACGCAGGAAGGAGGAGAGACUGCAACAGCUAGAGAGCUCCGUAGCUGAAGAGGUCUCCCCUCAUCACUACUAUGAUGACCAGGACAGACUGGUGACUGAUAGGAAGGUGGCCUUUGAUGUGACUGAAUCGGAAAUGAGCAGCGUCAGCAAUGGCCUUGAUGGCCCUGGUGAGGAUCCCACAGUGCCGGCUAAGGUGCAGCACUUAGCCGAGUCGCUCCAGCACAUCUCUGGCCAGCUCAGCACAGUCCUGGGGGCCCUGGGCUCCCUGACCCAACGCCAGACCCCUUACCAGCCUCUCCCCCUACCCCUGCCCCUCUGCCAGCCCCGAACCCCCACCUCAAUGCCUCUUUCACAGCUCUCCAUGCCUCUGUCUGGGCCCUCCUGGGCGUGGGCCCCUCACAGCACCUCCAUCCAGCCACGGGGUUCUGAGGACCUGCUCAACAGCCGCUGGGCCAAGCUCUUCCCUGGGGCUCCUAUUGAGUCCAUAGCCACCAGUUCCUUGAGGACGCAUACGCUUUAUUCAGAGUACAGUCCUGCAAGCGAGCAGGCUCGUAGUCUGUCCUCCAUGCAGCCUAAGUCGGUGGAGAUGGAUGGCCAGAGGCUACAGGGUCUGAUCGACGGCAACAAGAGAUGGCUGGAGACACGCAGGAAAGACCCCAGUGUACCUCUGUUCACGCGUUAUCGGACCCCCCCAACUAUGAGUGGACUGGUCCAGCUGAGCCUGGAUGACAACAACCAGAUUAAAGUGUACCAUUACUAAAGGGGGGUGGGUGGAGUUACAUACGGAGCAAGGAUCAACACAAGCAGAUAAAGAUGUACUGUUACUGAAAAAGGGCUAAGGACAGGGGUGGGUUUUUAAAAUUAACUUGGGAGUAAUGCAGGGAUCCCUCUAGCUCUGGUCCAGGGCGUUACUAGAGGAACCCCCUCGACUAUGUGUGGACCAAAGGAACACCCUGGACCAGAGCUAGGAUUCCUCUACAACCAGGUUUACAUAUCAGAUUACUGUAAGAAACAUUUUUAAGACGUCUAUCCUCUAGUGAACUCCGCUUUAGCUGUGAUUGUGUUUCAGUGGACUCAUUUUAUUCCAUUGGCAUGCAAGGGUGAAUAGUUUGGGAUUAUGGAGACAAUAGCCCCGUAGUCAACAAACCAGUUUGUUUCCUAAUUUUUGGGCCUCUGGCUAUUUAAAUGUUUCAAAGGCAGAUUGCAUAGUUGUGACAUAUACAAUAGGUGCUUCACUUUAUUAGGAGAGACAUCUCGAGGUUGGAGUGAGAUACUGUUGAUAGCUGACAUAAGAUCAUUGUCAUGGUAUCAGGUUGUAUAAGAGACGCAUCACUCAUUCCGCUGUGUGAGAAGUUCAAGCCAUACCAUAAUAACCACUACAAGGACAAGACAAUGACUUGUGAGGGAUUCGCAGUCUUUAUGAAAUUCUGGUAAGAGGGACUCUUCCAGUGUUUUACUGUGCAGAUAGAUGUGACAUUUUUACCAUAUUUUUUUAUAAGAAAUGUUUUAAUAAAUGUAAAGUGGUGUAUAUUCAUAAUGCCAAACUUUCAUUA